GAGACUCCAGGCAGUUGACAGCGGAGGAGGAAACGGUCGGCCGCGGAGGUGGAGGAAGAGGAAGAGGAAGAGGAGGAGGAGCUGCAGGAGGAGAAGAAGGAAGAGGAAGAGGAAGAGGGGAGGACGAUGGCACGGAGUCCCAAGGCGAAGAGCCUCCUUCUUUCCCCCCGCUCGGCCUCUUAAGGAACGGCUGCCCUGCAGGGCUCCUCCGCGCCCCCCUCCUCCCAAGAAGCUAGGUUCGCGUCCCCCCCGUAGCCCCGGGGCUCUCCGGCCGGCCCAGCUCCGGCCACACGUCGCUCGGCCUCUACCAGGCGAAGGUCCCGUCGCCGCGGCCGCCGCUGCUCCUCCCUCCGAGCAGAGCGCCGGAGGGGAUGCCCGCUGGCAUGUUCAGCAUCGACAGCAUCUUGGCGGCCAGACCCCGCGGGAAGGAGUCGGGGCUGCUGCACCAUCAGCACCAGCACCAGCCAGCCCAGCCCGGCGCGGCGCAGCAGUCUCAGCCCAGCGCGGCGCCCGUCGUCUUCUCGGCCAGCCUCCACGGAGGGGACUCCCUGUACGGCCCCGCCGGCGGCGACUACGGCGGAUAUUACUCGCGGGCCGUGGCUCCGGCGUCUAACCUGGCCGCCCUCGGUGGAUCUAGGCUGGGGAGCUACGGCAACUAUUACUACGGGCAACUUCACGUCCAGGCAUCGGCGGUGGGGCCCUCUUGCUGCGGCGCCGUGCAGCCCUUCGGCGCUCAGCAGUGCUCCUGCGUCCCGGCAACAGGCUACGAAGGGACAGGCUCGGUCCUAAUGUCUCCGGUCCCGCAUCAAAUCCUACCCUACAUGAACGUGGGCACCUUGUCCCGGACUGAGCUGCAGCUUCUUAACCAGCUCCACUGUCGGCGGAAAAGGAGACACCGCACCAUCUUCACAGACGAACAACUGGAGGCGCUGGAAAACUUGUUCCAGGAAACCAAAUACCCCGAUGUGGGCACCAGGGAACAGCUGGCCAGAAGGGUACAUUUAAGGGAGGAAAAAGUGGAGGUUUGGUUCAAGAACCGCAGGGCGAAAUGGCGGCGACAAAAGCGGUCGUCUUCAGAGGAGUCAGAAAACGCCCAGAAAUGGAAUAAAACUUCCAAGACGCCUCCAGAGAAGCUACAAGAAGAAAGCAAAAGCGAUUUGGACUCUGACAGCUGAUGUCUUGGACACCCGUGUACACACACACACACACACACACACACACACACACACACACACACGCAGGCGCGCCCGGACGAAGCUGCCGGUGGGGCUGGACUAGAUGUCUCUUGGCCGCUUGCACGAGAGACGCUGGCAGCUCUUGCACAGAC